AUGCAAGGUAAUCAACCAAUCGUUGAUGAUUAUCAUCGUUUAUUAUUAACACAUUCACUUUGUUUACCAAUGGCACAAGAUCUUCAAUCAUGGAUUAAAUUAGCUAAUCUUUGUCAUAAUUCAAAUACAUAUCAAUCUCAAACAUCAGAUCAUUCUGAUCUUCAAACAACAUUGGUAUUUUCAUUAGUAUCUCAACGAACAUUUUAUUGUCCAUCAUUAAUUGAUCAACAAUUAAAUAAUGAAAAUAAUCUACAAAAUAAUUCUAAUGAUAAUAUAUCAACAUCAUUAACAGAAGAAAAUAUUCAAAAUACAAAUAUUAAACUUGAACAAAAUCAUCAAGAACAACUAAAAUUAAUUGAAAAUAUGAAAGAAAUGGUUCUUAAAGCAUGUUUACCAGCAUUAGAUAAUCUAAGAAAAUAA